AUGGUGAAGCACAAGAACAGGAAAAAACGAGAUGCACAUCAUCAAUUCUUGCUGGAUCGCGAAAAAGAGCUUCUCGAGAAACAAGAGAAGAAGCGCGAGAGGCUUCGAGAGAAGCGAGAGAUGUUGGCGGGUGAAACUGCUGGGGAGAAUGGUGAGGUAAGAGCUCUAGAUUCCGUCAAGUUCAAGGGGAGUUUUGGCGUGAACUUUGCAGUGGGAAAGAACAAUGAUGAUGACGACGACGACGAGGAUAUUGAUAUGAUGGAAGAAGAUCUCACUCGAGAAGAUGCGAAGAAAAAAGAGUUAGAGAGACGGAAGAAGGCAGGGACAGAACUGAGUAAAAGACAACAUCUGAUAAGAAAGAAGCUCAAGGCAAUCAACAAGAAGGAAAAGAGGGAGCGGAAGGCCAAGAAGAUAAGGAAACUAGCGAGAAACAAGAAGGCUUAA